GCGCGGGAGCCUGGGCUGGCAGGCUCCCUGGCGCCGGUAUAUCUCCAGACAUGGAUGGAGAAGGCAACAGCACCAGCCUUGAGGCUGUGUUACCAGUUGGUGGAACACGAAUUCUUCAGUUUGUAGAAGACAGAAUACAGACCACUAUGUUAACUGGAAUUGCAAUUGGAGCUGCAGUAGCAUUAUUCCUUAUAGGAAUUGUUGUAUUUGUCGUUUACAGAAGAGUGAAACUAUCUAAACAACUGCAACCACAUGUGCCUCAAUACAGAUUUCGCAAGAGAGACAAAGUGAUGUUCUAUGGGCGGAAGAUCAUGAGAAAAGUUACAACUCUUCCAAACUCUCUGGUUGGGAACACUGUGCCUCGCCAAAGGAUGAGAAAGCGGGCAAAAGUUUUAUCUUUGGCUAAAAGGAUUCUGCGUAUUAAGAAGGAAUGUCCAACUCUGCAGCCAAAAGAACCACCUCCCUCUCUGCUAGAGGCAGAUCUGACUGAAUUUGAUGUGAAGAAUUCCCAUUUGCCAUCAGAAGUACUGUACAUGCUUAAAAACGUUAGGGUUCUUGGUCACUUUGAGAAGCCUCUUUUCCUGGAACUGUGCAAGCACAUGUUUUUUGUGCAGUUGCAUGAAGGUGAAUACAUCUUUCGUCCUGGGCAGCUGGAUAACAGCAUCUAUGUCGUGCAGGAUGGCAAACUGGAAGUUUGCAUACAAGAAAGUGAUGGCACAGAAGUGGUUGUUAAGGAAGUGCUGGCAGGAGACAGUGUCCACAGCCUUCUCAGCAUUCUUGAUGUUAUUACAGGUCAUCCUGCUCCCUAUAAAACGGUCUCAGCCCGGGCAGCCACUCCGUCCACAAUAUUGCGACUUCCAGCAAGUGCCUUUCAAGAUGUCUUCCAGAAAUAUCCUGAAACACUUGUUAGAGUGGUACAGAUCAUCAUGGUGAGGUUGCAGAGAGUGACAUUUCUGGCUUUGCACAACUACCUUGGCCUGACUACUGAGCUCUUCAACUGUCAAAGCCAAGCCAUCCCCCUAAUCUCAGUGGCAAGUGUAACAUCUGGAGGAAGUUCAAACAAAGCAGUAAAAAGACAGAUAUCUAAUGUAUCAGAGGAAGAGCGUGGAGAAAAGUUUGAAAAAGCUGGGGAUGCACCAGAAAUAGAUGCACUGAAGAUCUCUGGUACAGAAAGCUCUGAGCACGUUUUCAGAAGAAGUUUUUCUUCACCUCCUUCUUCAGGUUCAGCAGAGGCUCCUGGUAAUUCCAGCAGUGCUAAGUCAGAUAUGGACAUGGCAUAUGAAAGAGCCAGAGUGCACUUUGGCUCAGAGGACACUGCCAGCAGUCCUUUUGUGGGCAAGUCAAUAUUGAAGAAGACUGUGACAGUGACAGAAACUCCUUCAGCGGUUUUCCAUUAUACUGAUCGUGAGCUUGCUGUGCAAGAUUCCUGUAAUAGUAAACCUAUUGAUGCCAUCUUUGAAGCAGCAAAGAAAGAUCUUUCAACCUUGAUGAAACUUGAUGAUCCUUUGCUGUUGAAUGGGAAAGUGACACUGCAUCAGGUUACUGCUGGGACUGUGUUAUCGAGGCAGGGAGAUCAGGAUGUUAACGUUUGCUUUGUGAUCUCGGGGAUGCUUCACGUGUACCAACGGAAGAUAGACUCUGAGGAGGACACCUGUCUGUUCAUUACCCAUCCUGGAGAACUUGUAGGCCAGCUAGCUGUCCUUACUGGAGAACCACUGAUUUUCACCAUUAAGGCCAAUCGAGACUGCAGUUUCCUGUCUAUUUCCAAGUCUCAUUUCUAUGAGAUAAUGCGGGAGCAGCCCAGUGUAGUUCUGGGGGUGGCCCACACCGUGGUAAAGAGAAUGUCCUCGUUCGUUAGGCAGAUUGACUUUGCCCUGGAUUGGAUGGAGGUUGAGGCUGGACGAGCUGUUUACAGGCAAGGUGACAAGUCAGACUGCACAUACAUUGUGUUGAACGGUCGACUUCGCUCUGUCAUACGGAUGGAUGAUGGUAAAAAGCAUCUGACUGGUGAAUAUGGCCGAGGAGACUUAAUUGGAGUGGUAGAGGCAUUAACCCAUCAACCUAGAGCCACAACAGUGCACGCAGUCAGAGAUUCGGAGCUUGCCAAACUCCCAGAGGGAGCACUGACAUCUAUCAAACGCAAAUUCCCCCAGGUUGUGACUAGACUUAUUCAUUUGCUGGGUGAGAAGAUUCUUGGCAGCCUUCAGCAGGGAGGUCAUCCUCUUGGAUUACACACUUCGAGUAGCAAGUGGGAUGCCGGAAACCCUGCCAGCAAUCUCUCUACAGUAGCAAUUAUGCCGGUGUCUGAAGAGGUACCACUUACUGCUUUUACGCUGGAGCUCAAGCAUGCACUCAGUGCUGUGGGUCCUGCGCUGCUGCUCACAAGUGAUAAUAUCAAACAGCGCCUUGGUUCUGCAGCACUGGAUAGUAUCCAUGAAUACCGACUGACUAGCUGGCUGGGACAGCAGGAGGAUAUUCACCGUAUUGUGCUCUACCAGGCAGACAGCACCCUUACUCCAUGGACACAACGCUGCAUCAGACAGGCGGACUGCAUCUUAAUAGUAGGGCUGGGAGACCAGGAACCGACUGUUGGAGAGCUGGAGAGGAUGCUGGAGAACACAGCAGUCCGAGCCCAGAAGCAACUUGUCCUGCUUCAUAAAGAGGACGGGCCUCUCCCUUCCCGAACUGUGGAAUGGCUCAACAUGAGGAGCUGGUGUUCUGCUCACCUUCAUCUUCACUGUCCCCGCAGAGUCUUUUCCAAAAGAAGCCUGCCCAAGCUGAUAGAGAUGUAUGAACGCGUAUUCCAGAAACCACCGGACCGUCACUCUGACUUUUCUCGAUUAGCUCGUGUUCUGACUGGCAAUGCCAUUGCACUGGUUCUUGGAGGUGGAGGAGCAAGGGGCUGCUCCCAAGUGGGAGUCAUCCGAGCUCUGAUUGAAGCUGGCAUCCCUGUAGACAUGAUUGGAGGAACGUCGAUUGGAGCUUUUAUGAGUGCCUUGUAUGCUGAAGAGCGUAGCUACAAUCAGAUGAGGAUCAAAGCUAGGCAGUGGGCCAUGGAUAUGAAUUCAGUGUUUAAGACUAUCCUAGACUUGACAUACCCAAUAACCUCUAUGUUUUCUGGAGCAUCUUUUAACAAUGGCAUCAACAACAUCUUCAAAGAUAAGCAGAUAGAGGAUCUGUGGAUUCCUUAUUUCACGAUCACAACGGACAUCACUGCCUCGACAAUGAGGGUGCACACGGAUGGUUCUCUGUGGAGGUACGUCCGGGCCAGCAUGUCUCUCUCCGGGUACAUGCCCCCUCUGUGUGAUCCAAAGGAUGGACAUCUCUUGAUGGAUGGAGGUUAUAUCAACAACCUUCCCGCUGAUGUUGCAAGGUCCAUGGGCGCAAAAGUGGUGAUCGCGAUCGAUGUGGGAAGCCGGGAUGAGACGGACCUCACCAACUAUGGAGACUGCUUGUCUGGCUGGUGGCUGCUCUGGAAGAGGUGGAAUCCGCUGGUGGAGAAAGUCAAGGUGCUGAAUAUGGCGGAGAUCCAGACUCGGCUUGCGUAUGUGUGCUGUGUGCGGCAACUGGAGAUGGUCAAGAACAGUGACUACUGCGAGUACAUUCGGCCACCCAUUGACCGAUACGGCACCCUGGACUUUGGGAAAUUUGAUGAAAUCUGUGAAGUGGGAUAUCAGCAUGGAAAAACUGUAUUUAAUGUGUGGUGCAGGAGUGGAGUCCUUGACAAGAUGUUAAAAGACAGACAAGAGACUUGCAAAUCCAAAACCUCUGAUAAUGUGACCUGCCCCAGCACCUCUUUUACGGACCUGGCAGAAAUCGUGUCCAGAAUCGAGCCGGUGAAAGCGCCCGUGGCGGAUGAUGAGUCAGACUACCAGACUGAGUAUGAGGAGGAAAUUCUGGACAGCCAGAAGGAUGAUUAUAUUAAUUUCCUAAGCAACCAGGUUGAAGAAGACUCUGACUCGGAUGAAGAUGUACAAAUAAGACGGCGCAAAAAUCUCCCCAGUCUGGACUGCCAGGCAAGCAGCACAGGAGAGCCAGGCUAGCACUCAGAAGAGAGUCUGACCUUUCUGGCUGAUAGCUGUAUCACAUUUGUACUGACAGCAGCCAUUUUUAUUUAUUUUCAUACACAUACACAUACAUAAUUAAAAACAAAACAAUGUCUAGUUGCAGUUAAGCAAACUUUUGUCCUUCUCCAAGCUGUGCAGGCAGCUGAAUGACCUAAGCACAAAUAUCUCCAUAGCACCCAAGUCCCUGUAACUCUUGGACCUCUUGUGAAGGGUGGCUAAGCUGCCUUUGUGCCAUACUCCUUUGUACAGAUGCCAGCAUGAGUGGCAAUUUAUUAAUCACUCUGAGACUGGCAGAGUGGACGUGUGCUGGGAACGUGCAGUCAAACGCUGCCUUGAUUUUUGCUGCCAUAUGUUUUAGUUGUUGUUUUUUGCUGUGAAGGCUCUAAGAAGAACUGAACAUCCUGCAACUUACUGUGUGUCCGUUGUUGAAAAGGCUCCAAGCAUCAAUGUUAAAGAGAAAAAGAGAGGAAAGGUGUUUGUGGAUCACAGUAGUAGGUUGCUUUCUUUUCAUAUGGAUCAGAUAACUGUGUAAUUAACUCCUCAGUGACUUUCAACCAGCUGCUUGUGAGCGGUGCUGUGACAGGAGCAAGUCUGAAUAUAUUUCACUUGGAUGAUUGGGAAAUCCAAACAUGACAAAUCAAUUAAUGUGAACACUAACUAUAGAUUCUGUAUGCUCAAGCCAUCAGUGGGAACAUCUACUGAUGGAUCAUACAGCUGGUAUUUGCCAGGCAGUUCCAGAGUCAGUAUGUAGCUGGUAUUUGGCUGAUGAAAUAAAAUGAUUCUGCUGGAUUGAAA